GGGUCUUCGCAUCAAUACCAGUAUUAGCAAUGAAGUGUACGUUUGGUCUUUUACUAACGCUAAUUGCAGUAUGUUCUGCACAAGUGCCAAGCUUUGGAUGGUGUCCAGAUUACGUUCCCAUGUCGGACUUUGACAUGGAGAGAUUUUUGGGUAAAUGGUACGAAUCUGAGAGGUAUUUCCAAGUGUCUGAAUUGGGAACAAGAUGCGUUGUCUCGGAUUAUGCGAAAUCUGCAAAUGGAAAAAUCUUCGUAUCAAACGAAGUGACUAGUAGAAUAACUGGGGUGAAGAGAAUUCUUAGUGGAGAUCUUGAACUGGUUGGAAGGGCUGGUGAAGGAAAAAUCAAGGUCCGUUACCAAACAUCCCCCAUAAGCACUACAACUGCUAUCAGUGUUCUUGAUACCGAUUAUGACAACUUUGCAGUUUUAUGGAGUUGUAGCAGCUAUGGUCCAAUUUAUACACAAAACGCGUGGGUAAUGACCAGAGAACGCUUGCCAGAAAAUAAAAUAAUGCAAAAAGCCUAUGGAGUCUUAGACCGUUACAAGAUCAGCAGGACAUUCUUCCAAAAAACAGAACAAGAAGGCUGUUCCCUUGCAGCUUCAGAAAUCAACGCAGCCCAAGGAUGGAUAAGUGAGGCCAGUCAAUCAGUUGAAACCGGAACAGGAAAAAGUGCUGGUCCAAUUCUAGAAGACAGGAUUGACGAAGAGAAACAACCAGAAGUAGAAGCAGUUCCAAACAAGGAAAAACCAGCUGCCGUCGUCCAACAAGAAAAGGAAUCUGAUGAAAAAAAACCCUUAGGUGUUGCUGAAACCAUCCUUAAAAAAGCUGAGUCCGAAUCUCCGGAAAAGAAAGACAAGAAACCAAAAGACCAAAGCAAAUCAAAAACCAAGCAUCAUCAAUGAGGAACUGAAUUGCAAGAUAUAUCAAGAUUGCAAUCAACUGUAAUUUAUUGCUUAAUUUAUUUAUGAUAAAUCAAUUCUAAUACA